AUGACGGAGCCAAACCUACCCAAGGACCCCGAGCCUGAGCAGCGCUCCUUCCAAUUCGAGACUUCAGGGGUACAUGCCGGACUCAAUCGAUCUGAGAACGGCGUGCAAGAUGCACCUAUCUAUGCAUCUACAUCUUUCGUUUUCGACAACAGUGCUCAUGGAGCAGCAAUAUUCGGCAUGACAGCUGAUGCAUUUUGCUACAGCCGUAUUGCCAAUCCAACCGUCGAUGUUUUUGAGACACGCAUGGCGGCACUAGAAAACGGAGCAGCAGCGUUGGCGGCAGCAUCCGGCCAAGCAGCUCUCUUCAUGACCAUCACAGCGCUGGCACAAGCCGGGGACAACAUCGUCAUUGCAUCACACGCCUGCGAUGUGUCGAAAACCAUCUUUAAAAAUCGACUGCCACCGUUUGGUAUAACGGUGCGAUUUGUUGAAAGUGGUGACGUUGACUGUAUCAGACAGGCUAUUGAUGGGAAUACUAAAGGGGUCUUUGUGGAGAGUAUAUCGAGUACGGAUCUGCUAGUUUCAGAUAUCUCAACCCUUGCCGUUGUGGCUCACAAUGCAGGCGUACCGCUCAUAGUUGAUAACACAGCCGGCGCGGGAGGGUUCCUCCUCCGGCCCCUCGAUCACGGCGCAGACAUUAUCGUAGAAUCCGCAGCCGAAUGGCUCGGUAUCUCUGGCUCGAACGCAGCAGGGGUAAUCAUCGACAGCGGAAAAUUCGACUGGGUCAAAAACCAAGCUCGGUUCCCUCAAUUCUUCGAGCAGGCUCCGGGAUUUCAUGGCCUUAGACUGUGGGAGAAGUUUGGGAAUUUGGUGUUUAUAUCCUUUGCUCGCAUCGCGGUGCUGCGAGAUAUGGGUCCGUGUUUGAAUCCCUUCGAGGCUUUUCAAUUACUAGCGGGUCUAGAAACACUGUCUGUACGCCUUGAGAGAAUUUCAAGCAAUGCCGCGAAACUGGCAACUUGGUUGGAAUCAGAUAACAGAGUAGAAGAAGUUCGGUAUCCGGGCCUCCAAACCAAUCCCUCUUAUAAUUUGAGCAAAAAGUAUUGUCCACGCGGCUAUGGCGGACUACUUUCCAUCAAAUUAAAGAGCGCGAAGGACCUCGUUUGGACAAAGUCUAAAGUUGUUUCUUUCGGUGCAAGUAUCGGGGGAAGCAAAACGAUUAUUGUCAAAAGGGAGCAACCCCAUGAAGAUCAGAGGCAAGCAGGAUCGAUAUAUGUUUCCAUAGGACUCGAGAACAUUGAUGAUAUCAUCUCAGAUUUUAAGGAGGUGUUAGAGAGCGUAUAA